CUUUAUCUUCUUGCCUGCAUUGUGUUUAGUGACAAGCAGUGUUUAUUCCUGCAGCAUUGCAGUGGUCAGUGAGGAGAAGGUUUAAGGUUAGUGGUUAUCACAACACCGUGAUGGGAAAUUAUAAAUCCAGACCAACACAGACAUGUACAGAUGAAUGGAAAAAGAAAGUGAAUGAGUCGUAUUCUGUGAUUGUGGAGAAGUUGGAUGAUGAUCUGAGAAUUAAAGAUGAAGAAUAUUCGGAACUAAAACAUGUGUUCAGUUCAGAUGAGGCUUUUAACAAAGUGAAUUUACAUUACCGCUCUGAGGCAGGACUGUCUCUGCUCCACCUGUGCUGCAUCUGCUCAGGGAAUAAAAACCACAUCCGCAACCUGAUGCUGAAGGGACUGAGAGCCUCCAGACUGAGUCGCAACGGCUUCACCGCCCUGCACCUCGCUGCUUACACAGACAGUGCUGAAUUGGCCACAGCCUUGUUACAUGGAGGUGCAGAUGUUCAGCAGGUUGGUUAUGGAGCACUCACAGCUCUGCACAUCGCCACUAUGGCAGGACAUCACGAGGCAGUGGAUGUUCUCCUGCAGCAUGGGGCUUAUGUUAAUGUUCAGGAUGCUGUGUUCUUCACACCUCUGCACAUCGCAGCUUUCUAUGGCCAUGAACAGGUGUGUAAGCUGUUGCUAAAAUUCGGAGCAGAUGUGAACGCUAGUGGAGAGGUUGGAGAUCGUCCCCUUCACCUGGCUGCUGCUAAAGGUUUCCUCAGCGUGAUCCGGCUGCUGGUGGAGGAUGGAGGGAAAGUGGACGUAAAUGCUCAGGAUAAUGAGGAUCACAUGCCACUGCAUUUCUGUGCACGAUUCGGCCACCACGAGCCUGUGCGUUUCCUGCUGCAGGGAAACUUUAAUGUGCAGCCACAUUCAAUCAACAUCUAUGGAGACACACCACUGCAUCUGGCGUGUUAUAAUGGGAAGUUUGAGGUGGUGAAGGAGUUGGUGCAGCUUACAGGAACAGAAAGUCUGUCCAAAGAGAACAUCUUCAGUGAAACGGCAUUUCACAGUUCCUGUACAUAUGGUAAAGACCUGGACAUGGUCAAGUUCCUCAUCAGCCAGAAUGCAGUCAGCAUUAAUCACCAGGGCCGAGAUGGACACACGGGUUUACACAGUGCCUGUUUCCAUGGACACAUCCGCCUCGUUCAGUUCUUAUUAGACAGUGGAGCAGACAUGAACUUGGUGGCGUGUGAUCCGAGUCGCUCCAGUGGAGAGAAAGAUGAACAGACCUGUCUGAUGUGGGCUUACGAGAAAGGUCAUGAUGCCAUCGUUACUCUGCUGAAACAUUACAAACGUCCUCUAGAAGACUCUCCCUGUAAUGAGUACUCUCAGCCAGGAGGGGAUGGAUCGUAUGUUUCUAUUCCCUCACCACUGGGGAAGAUUAAAAACAUGACAAAAGAAAAAGCUGAUGUCUUGCUCCUCAGAGCGAGUCUCCCAUCUCACUUCCACCUGCAGCUCUCAGAACUGGAGUUUCAUGAGAUAAUUGGCUCAGGAUCUUUUGGUAAAGUGUACAGAGGAAAAUGCCGCAACAAGAUCGUAGCCAUUAAACGGUAUCGGGCUAACACAUACUGCUCGAAGUCAGACACCGACAUGUUUUGCCGGGAAGUUUCCAUCCUGUGUCACUUAAAUCAUCCGUGUGUUAUCCCAUUUGUGGGAGCGUGUCUCGAUGAUCCGAGUCAGUUCGCUAUUGUCACACAGUACGUCUCUGGAGGAUCACUCUUCUCCCUACUGCAUGAACAAAAACGGCUGAUUGACCUGCAGUCAAAACUCAUCAUCGCCAUCGAUGUGGCCAGAGGGAUGGAGUAUCUACACAACCUGACUCAGCCCAUCAUCCACCGAGACCUCAACAGUCACAACAUUCUGCUGUAUGAGGACGGUCACGCUGUGGUGGCUGAUUUCGGAGAGUCACGCUUCCUGCUGUCCAUAGAUGAAGACAACAUGACAAAACAGCCUGGGAACCUUCGCUGGAUGGCUCCAGAGGUGUUUACACAGUGCACACGCUACACGGUGAAGGCAGACAUGUUCAGUUAUGCACUGUGUUUGUGGGAGUUGCUGACGGGGGAGAUUCCAUUCGCUCAUCUCAAACCGGCUGCUGCUGCGGCUGAUAUGGCGUAUCAUCACAUCCGGCCUCCAAUCGGUUACUCUAUCCCUAAACCUCUGUCUGCUCUGCUCAUGAGGGGCUGGAACAUCUGUCCUGAGGAAAGGCCGGAGUUCUCAGAGGUUGUAUCUAAACUUGAGGAGUGUUUGUGUAACAUCGAGCUCAUGUCUCCAGCCUCCAGUAACAGCAGUGGUUCUCUGUCUCCAUCGGCGUCUUCAGACAGUUUGUUUGGUCGUAUGAGUCCAGGUCGGAGUCACGUCGCUGCGCUACGCACACGCUUUGAACUAGAGUAUGCACUGAACACUCGUGCUGUCUGGAGCAGUUCUGGACGCCGUUCCUCUCAGGGUCUGUCUCUGGAUGAGCUAAGGAGAAACAUGCAGUUCCCAAUUGACAGAAAUGGUUAUGUAUCGGAUCCCUUGAGCACUAUGAGGUUUCACUCCAGCAGCAACACCAGUCUUGAGGACGCCAACUAACACACACACACACACACCAAUGUGUGUGUAAUUUUAAUUGAAUAAAAUUGUUUUUGUGUUAAUAUUAAAAUAAAUGCAUAAAAAUUAAACACUAAAUAUUUUUUAUUUUUAUUUUUCAAGUCACUCAAUCACACUGCAAGAGGAAAAACAGGUCAAAGGUCAACUUCAAUUCAAAUCUUGUAGUUACACUAGUGGGAGUUUCACAUCACCAUUUACACACACACCAAUAUGCACCAAUAAACACAGACACACACACACACACACACACACACACACACACACACAAACACACACACACAUGUUGAGUACACACAUGUUUAAUGGGAUAUGUGCACUUUUUGGACCACUAUUUUGGUUGAGGCUUAACCAAUUCAACACACACAGGAGUGUGCAUUAUCGUGUGUGUGUGUGUGUGUGUGUGUGUGUAUGUAUGUGUCAGACACAGUAUAAAUAAUACAGUCAGGAUUCAGUGGUGUCUGAUUUCAGUCUAAAUGAAUAAAUUCACAAACUCCCUUGAAUAAUAAUAAUCUUCUUCUACUUUCUCUCCUACUGAUAUACCCCAUGUCUCUCCUCUGCACAUGUCCAAACCAUCUCAAUC